CAUCCUUAGCAACCUGACAGCUUUGUUAUGGUAGUGUGAGUCGGAACAAGAGGAGUUUGUUCACUGACGAAGUAGCCCAGCGAGUGAAGCCAGCAUUUAAUCAGUCGGUGUUUAUCUGUAAUCUACCGUGAUGUCGUUACAUUUCAGUGCCAAUCAGUAUGAUCAGGCAUUUCACCCAAAGCGCUUACAGAACUGGGAGGUUCCUAAACAGUUUCGAGAAAGGCCAAGAGCAUUUGAUGGAUUUACACAAAUUGUAGCUAGCAACAGAGGGCACCUCCUUCAAGGGGUUAAGAGGUCAAGGGAAUCUCCAUGGGGAAACUUUGUGGGAACAUGGGACAUGCCUCUACAUAUACCAGGCAACAAAAUGAUGAACAGCACUGCUAGAGCUUUUCAUUCACAAGUAAGGUUAGAGAGAUGCAAAACAGAUGGUGACAUCAUCCUCAGUGGAAAACUAAAAAGACCACAUGUACCUGACCCACUGCCAGUAAAAGCUGACAUGGAUGCAGAUAAAGGGUUGGAGGGAGUGCCUCCCAAACCCCUGGAUCCUAUUCCUCCUUCUUCCCCUCUAGCUCCAUUAGACCCAAUUACUGCUUCCAACAUAGCAGUCAAUGGUUCUCAGAGGUCAGGGGCCAAAAACCCUGAGCCAAUUACACGAGCCAGCCCCAAACUCGCCCCGAUCAGCCCAGCUGGCAGACCUGCAACUGGAGCAAAGACUCCAAUAGACUGGCCCAGACCAGCUUCUAGGGUCAAAUCUGCAAGCCCCAAAGGAUCUCCAGAACCUGAGUUACAACAGUUGUCUGCAGCUAAGUCCCCUGUUAACUGGCCAUCGCCUAAAGAGCAAGAAAAACUAGCAGCAUAGGCUGUGAAAACCUAUAAUAUAAAAGAAGACUGAUUGGAACCCUGAAGAAAAAAAUUCAAAAAAUUCAGUUCUUAUCUAUCAUCAUGACAUUAUAAGGAGGGAAAAAACACAUAAUUUUAAAAGUGUAUGGAAUAUAAGGUUUUUAUAGUCUUUAUAAGGCAUUUAUUAUUUUUAUGAUUUGUCUGCACAAAUGUUUGAUUCAAAUUAUUGCUUAGUACAUGUAGUACUUUUACUUUAACACUUUGUGAUCUAGGUGUAUGUGAGGCUAACUAUUAUUUAUUUAUUCAGAAUUUUACAUUUCACUUGAACUCUGUGCAGAGAAAUAUGUUGCGAGAUUUGUUUAUCUUUGAUUUUAUAACGUGUUUUAUACGAGUAUAUUGAUUUGUUUUAUGGGAACAUGGGUUUUAAUUCUUAUCAAGCCGUAUUCUUACCAUGCAGUUUAAUAUUUAAAAUCUAAAACAAAGAUUAAAUCUUGUAAUCCAUGCCUGUGAUAUAUAUAUUUAUUAAACUAAGUGAAUCUUUAGUAUUGGUGGGGUUUACUAAUUAUGUUGUACCCAAUUUGACUUUAAAUGAACUAUGAGAUAUUUCUCGUAACUUGUUAAGUGUUUAAAUUUAUUUCAUUGUUAAGUAAAUUAUGUUUAGCAUUUAAAAAAAAAAUGUUUGAUGUGUUGUUUACAUGUAAAAGAAGCAUAGUGCUUUGUUAUUGAAUUAAGAUGUAUGCAGGUGUAUGCAAGAAUAUCCCUGACACUGAAUGUCCUUAGCUGUUAUAUGUAUGGAAGUUCUAUACUGCCUGUCUUUUACUGUAUACCAUUGUUAUAUCAAUCACACAAUUUUUAAGACAGUGAAAUAUUAAUUAAAAAAAGUUUCAAAAGCAAAUAAAAUUGUGAAAACAUCA